GCAGAUCACGCGUUCAUAGAUCGCUCCGUCCCGGCUGGUGACUAUCGCCACGACCAGUCCCUCGAUCCCACCUCGCACAUAUUGUGCCUCCACCAGCCGAUCUACGUUCUUCAGCGCAAGCGACACUUCCGCUGCUCCCGAGAUCGAACCCGUUGUGUCCCAGGCAGCGAUCAUCUCUGCAACUGAAGUCGCCGUCGCCGAGCCGGUAGUGCGGACGCAGAGAAUCUUUGUUGAGAACAAGAAGGUCCUGCGGCCCGAGCCGUUGGCAGUACCGGUUUUUGCCGAAGUCGUCGUCGAGGCACCAUGCACUGAAUACUUUCGCGCCCUCACCAAUGCGCUUGGGGAGGUUUUCCCUGCCGAGAGGGGCCAGACUUGGAAGCUCCGGACGAAGGGCAAGGUGAUCGACCCUACUGCUUUCUUGUGGGAUACCUCUCUCGCUGCCGCUGGGAUCGAUGCACAAGGGAUGAAGCCAGACGAGGUCGCCGAGGCCGAUGCCAAUGUCGUCGAAUGACUGUUUGGAGGAGAAACCCAGGACGACGAGAAGACUCUCAGCUCUGUCUACGAGCAGAUGCUCUACAGCCUCGUCCCCGAGCCCGUGCACAGCCCGCUGAGCCAGCAGCAGGACCAGAUCCGCC